UUUAUAGUAAGAUCUCUUGUUAUUUGUUUUAGUGAUCCAGUUCGUCAAAGAUGCCGCCUCAAAAUUUUACGAAAGGUCUGUCUUUAGUUUUAUGGAGGCCACUGGAAACAUUGGAGGCUUGUUUGAGAUUCUCAGUAUUGCUGGAGGAUUUAUUGUAAGAGCAUUCUCAGGAGAAUAUUUUUAUUCUAGAUUCUUUCAAAGCUUUCUCAAGUUCAUUCACCAGCCAUAAAGCCUUUCAAUCUAGGAGAUGAAGAUCUAAAAGUUGAAAGCUUUGAAGAUAUUCAGCAUAGAGAAGAGCAAAGAGGAUUUGAUGACUCAACUCAGACAGAAUCUAGGCACCAUAUCAGCAACAAAGCUCACAGAAGAAUGUAGAAAAGAGUGAGAUACAAUUGGAAACUCUCAGAUUUUGCUUUUAAUAUCUUGAGCUCUCUGAAGUUUCUGUGUUUCUACUGUUGUAGGAUGAAGAACAAACUUCACAUUAAGCUCAGAUAUUAACUUUAUGAGAGAGGUGAAGAGAAGUUCAUCAAAGAAUUCGAUGCAGUCACAUUUGCUAGAAAUAUGAACACUCUGAUCAACUCGGUGAUGGAUGAAAAGGAAAGAAUGAUGAAAAUUUGAUACAUAAACUUUGUGGUAACGACAAAGGAGAUGAAUCAUUCCGAAAAUUGGACAAUUUGAAGGGUGCCUUCAUGAAUUCCUUUAAAGGUUUAUACUAAUAGAAAUUAUUAUGGGUAUAGAACCAGAAUCCAAACACCAGCUACAAUCGCAAGAGAAGUCCAAAAGAGCGGUUUCUGAGUCAACAAGCAAGGCGAUGGGCCCAGCUCCAUAUUUGAAGACGAUCAAGACUGAAACAUAAGCUUAUAUUCCUUUCAUUGCUGAGUCGAGUCGGUGAGAAUACAAAUAAGGAGCUAUUUGGAGGAAGGAUUUUGGUAUUGAGAUUAAUGUUCAUG